CCGUGAGACCCGGCCGGAAGUCGUGGUAUCCAUAGAGACGCUAUCGGAAGUUGGGGUUGCUAGGAGGCCUGGGCGCGUCGGCUCAGCUGCGUCAUGGCUGAAGUCCCAGAAGAUUACGAUUCCGAUCUGGGUGAAGAUGAAAACCUGCCGUAUGAGAAAGCAAAACUGCCUGAGUCUCCUAAGGUGACUGAAGAUGACAAACCAGACGUCAUGGCCGAGGGAAGCCUGGAGGUACCUGUGGAGACUGACCAAGAGCCAGAGACAGAAGAAGAGGACUUCAAAGAGGGAGCACGGGAGAGUGCUAAGGAAGGACACCCACUCCUAAAACCAACCCGCGUGUCCGAAGAAGAGAUUCCCAACAAGUCUGAGGUAGACUUUUCCAACGAGACUGAGCUAGGGAUUCCCCAAGAGGUAAAGUCAGAGACAUCCAGACAGAUAGGAGGAGAGCUUUUCAAGGAUGUGGAGGUCCCUGCGGACAAAAAGGGGGAGCAGCCAGAAGAGGAAGCCGGAUCAAAUGUUACAGAAGAUGUACACAUAGAGUCAGCUAAAGAAACAGACCUAGAGCUACCAAAGGAAGCCGAGUCUGCGGUCCCAGGGUCCACCAUGAGUGAGACAAGAUUAGAGUUAGGAGAGGAGACCAAACCAGAGGUUCAGGAGGAAUCACUUAGAGAGCAACAUGAAGAGACAGGUCUGGAACCUACAGAGCAGACCAAACCUGAAUAUCCAAGUGAGACACCACGAAAAUCAAUGGAAGAGGACGCUCUACAGCCACUAAAGAUGACUACACCAGAAAUUCCAGAGGAGACACAAAGUAAGUCACCUGAGAAAAGGACAGAGCCACUGGAGCAGGCCAAAGCAGAGAUUCCAGCAGAGAAACCAAGUCUGUCCGCUGAGGACACACAAAGAAAGUCAACUGAAGAGAAAAUGUCAGAGCCACUAGAGGAGAUCAAAUCAGAGUUUUCUGAGGAAAAAUCAAGAAAACCAAUUGAGAAAACAGUUCCAGAGCUCCCAGGAGAGGCCAAACCAGAAGUUCAAGAGGAGCCACAAAGAAAGUCAACUGUGGAGAAAGUUCUAGAUCCACCAGAACAGACUGACCCAGUGUUUCCAAAGACAGAACCAAGAAAGCCAACUGAGGAAACAGAUCAAAUGCCACCACAGCAGACCAAACCAGAAGUGCAAGAGAAGACACAAACAGAGCCAACUAAGGAGGGAGAUUUAGAGUUAUCAGAUUAUACAGAACCACUACUUGGAAAAGAGACACAUGUAGAAUUUGCCAAGGAAGCUAGGCCAGAACCAAUUGAAUUUAAGCAUUCUGCAGACCAGGAAGAGCUAGAGCACUCUGACCAUCAAAUCAGAAAGUUGUUACUAAAUGAAACUAAAAAAGUUUCAAAAGACUCUGUGUCAAGGUCUCUUACAGUAAGUGAAGCAAACUUAGUGAAUACAGAUUAUGAGUUUUCUAAAGAACUCCAGAGUCUGUUUCAGCUUUCUGAUACCAAUUAUGAAUUUUACUCAUAUUUCUUUGAGUCUCGGAAGGAUUUAAGAGAAUCAUCUAGUGAAAAGGAAGUUGCAAAUCUGUCCCCAGGGUCCAUGAAACUGGUUCAUAAAAAAACCUGGCACCCCAAGCAUACUCACCUACAAUUUGAGUAUCUUGAAUGGAGCCCAGAGGAAGUUGCAGAGUGGAUUAGCCAGCUAGGCUUCCCUCAAUAUAAGGAGUGUUUUACCACAAACUUCAUCAGUGGCCGAAAACUCAUCCACGUAAACUGCUCAAACCUCCCUCACAUGGGGAUAACAGAUUUUCAGGACAUGAAGGUAAUUUCUCAGCAUACUCGGAAGCUACUGGGAAUUGAAGAGCCACUAUUCACACGCAGCAUCAGGCUUCCCUACAGGGACAAUAUUGGCUUAUUUUUAGAGCAGAAAGGUCAUAGCGGAGUUAAAUCUGAUUCUUUGACCCUGUCUGAAUUUGUACGAGAAGCAGGAUUACAGGAUUAUGCUUCAAAAUAACCGCCCCUGAAGAGGAUGUGGCAGUAGAGUCUACCGAACCAUAGGGCAACUGUUUCACUUGGCUUGAGAAUCCAGCUACAUGACAUGGGUGGAGUAUAGUCUCUCUGCAUUUUCUUUUUCUCCUCUUCAUCCAGGAGCAGAGUUAGAACUGCUGCCUCCACUCCUGGUUCUAUCACUGACUCACAGCACCUUCCCUUUUUGUUUCAAUUUAGCCCCUUGUUAAAACAAAGAUAGCAAUAGUCUCUUUCUGGGUAAUUGUAAGAAUUCCUGAUAAAUUCUAGUAAUGCAUCUGGUAGUAGGAACAUGUUGGGGAAAUAGAACUAAAAGUAAAAUGAACUGCCAAUCCAGAUAAUCCUCUUUGUAAUUGCAGAAAAACAAUUUUACUAUUGAAUUGGCACGAAAUUAGGCUGCUAAAGAGAUUGCAAAGACAAGGAAAUCUCCCCCUUGGCAGAUAUAAUCCAUUAUUUAUACGUUAACUGUCCGUAUCCAAAGAAAAAUAAAAUUCCUCAUAUCUUUAUGACAAACAGAAAGUUGCCACCUGGAGCCAAGUACUUAGGCUAAACUCCCAGAGUCAGGGAGACAAGUGUCAUCCUAGAUGCUCACAUUCCAGAGAGAAAUUACAAAUACUUCUUGUCACCUGAAUGACUCCAGUUUCUCUCUAGUUUUAUAGACCUAAUUUCUCUUUCCUAUUCCUAAGACUCACUAGGAAUAAAAGCUGUAUUUCACAAAAUUAUUUUUAGACAUUUAAUAUAAAUGCCAGCUAUCUUAAAAAUGGUUUUAUGGUUUAAAAUGGUUUAAAUGGGAACAGCCUUAAAUAAGAUAGUACCAGAACAGUAACAUAUAGCUGCAAUAAGCAUAAAAUGAGUCCUACUUCAAUUAAGACUGUUUAUCAUACAUUUUACUUUCCUAUCCAAACUGGUAGGAAAAUCAAGCUGUAUCACUUGUCAGCUACGUACUGUUACAGGAAUAUUCAUCCUGCUACAGAAAAAGGAUGCUACAGCAAGAGUUUAUGUAACUAUCUAAUAAUGACAUUAUAACUUCUUGAAUUUAGUUUUCGAAGACAGUGAAUUUAACAAGGCUUUCCUGGGGAAGCAGCUUACUGUUAAGUGUGUCCGGUUAUGUGGUUUCAUUCAGUUGCUCCUCAAAGCCGGAUAACCCAAAUAUGCUGAGGUAAUGACAUGAUUUCCACUGUCAAUUGGUAUAAUCAGAGCACAACUACUGUAGAGAGAAAAAAAAAAUCUUGAUUCCUGAGGUAUCUUCUCCUAUUGGAAUGGAGAGCCUGUGGAACCCUCUGACUGUUCUUCUUUGGUUAGGGAGAUGCCAAAUGAAUCACAGUAUAGGUGGGUAAGGUGGUCCUGGAAUGUGGUGCUAUUUGAGAGAUACUUGCUAAAAGGAGUUUCCUUGAGUUGUACAGCAGUCAGAUCAAACCAGGGGAAAGGCCUGAAGUAGGAAAAAAAAAAAAUACUGUUAUAUGUUUGUUCAAUACAUCUGAUUUUUCUGUUAAACAUUUCCUUUAAAGAAAAUAUUCCUCCCCUUGGAA